AUGCCGCCUAAGUUCGACCCCAACGAGAUCAAAGUCGUGUACCUGAGGUGCACUGGUGGUGAAGUCGGUGCCACAUCUGCCUUGGCCUCAAAGAUCAGCCCGCUGGGUCUGUCUCCAAAAAAGGUUGGUGAUGACAUCGCCAAGGCAGCCAGUGAUUGGAAGAGUCUAAGGAUUACGGUGAAACUGACCAUUCAGAACAGACAGGCCCAGAUUGAAGUGGUACCUUCUGCCUCUGCCCUGAUUAUCAAAGCCCUUGAGGAACCACCAAGAGACAGAAAGAAGCAGAAAAACAUUAAGCACAGUGGAAAUAUCACUUCUGAUGAGAUUGUCAAUUUUGCCCGACAGAUGCAACACCGAUCUUUAGCCAGAGAACUCUCUGGAACCAUUAAAGAAAUCCUGGGGACUGCCCAGUCUGUGGGCUGCAAUGUUGAUGGCCGCCACCCUCAUGACAUCAUAGAUGACAUCAACAGUGGUGCGGUGGAAUGCCCAGUGAGCUAA